GCCCAUUUCACCGCCGCUUUAUGCACAGUACAGGCUGUUCAGUGUUCACGGCUCCGCCUUCUUCUCCAUCGCGACAUUGCUGCGCUCUCCGUUGAGCCUCGAUUAUCCCUUCUGUUAGUCUAUGCGAGCUCAAACGCCCCGGAUUCGCAAUUUGUAGAAAGGGGAUCACACUACUGUCUAAAUCCAUGAAGGCAUUGCUUUCAAAUGUUCAUGCAUAGUGCAAUAACUAUCGAAAGGAGAGUAGUAUAGAUGUAAACUUCAUGUGUGAUGGAAAGUGGGAAUUUAUGCCAAGACAGUGAUUUGACAAGGGUAGGCAUUGCACCCAUCAAAAAUGAAGAAUCAAGUUAUACUAUAUCACGGGUUAGUCUGGAUAAGGACGCCAGCUUGCCAACUUGUCGGGUGUGCCAAUGUGCUGAAACUGACAAAAUGGGAGAUGCUGUGCUGGAAACUCUACGUAUAAUCCCUCCAUCAAGUAACACACAGGACAUAAAUAGGCAGGUUCAACAUGAUCGCAGCAAAGAAAUAAAAGAUGAUGAAAAUGAUUGCAGUGUUAUGACCGAAGCUAACAAGGGAUCUAAGUUUGUUGAAAUCGUUGGUCCUGAUGGCGAUAUUUUUGUUUGCAAUGCUGAUAUUGAAACGGGCGGUUACCAUAACCAGGGAACAUUAAUUAAACUUGGAUGUGACUGCAAAAAUGAUCUUGCUCUUGUACACUAUGCAUGUGCACUCAAGUGGUUUGUCAACCAUGGAUCCACCAUCUGUGAGAUAUGUGGGAGUAAAGCUAUUCACAUAAGAGAUGAGGACUUCAAUAAAGUUGUGAGCUGUUUGAAAGCAUAUAAUAUGUUAAGAGAUAAAACUUUUAAUGGAGAGCCUAUUCCUUCACAGUUCCCGGAAAACUCUUCUAGCGUAGAUCCUGAUGCUGUUGCAGCUAUUCGCAGGCUAAGGUUGAGUGAAAUUUCAUUGUGGUUCAAUCCCCGUAACAACGCCACCGCUGUUUCACUUGUUACUGAACAACCUUCAACUUUUGAUAUGGUUGAAGAUGAAGCCUCCCCAACGGAAAAUAAUGCAACCAAAUGGGCUGUAGAAUGUACUGGGAUCCUCCUUGCCACAGGGCUACUUACUGUAACUCUUGCUUGGCUCAUUGCUCCUCAUGUUGGAGAGAAAACUGCAAAGAAUGGGCUGCAUGUUCUUCUUGGGGGCGUAUGUGCUUUAACAGUUGUAGUCUUCUUCCGCUUUUUUGUGUUGACGAGAAUCCAGUAUGGACCUGCACGCUACUGGGCAAUAUUGUUCGUCUUCUGGUUUCUUGUAUUUGGUAUAUGGGCGUCAAGAACACAUUCAACUUGAUUCUUCCUUCCCACGGAUGCCACCAUAUAUGUCCACUCUCUUUUCUUGCCCCUAAAUUGAAGAUCAUAAGUUGGUAUAGCAUAAUAAUGGUUUUUUUUCUUCUUCUUGUUUUUGGUGAGGGUAAAGAUUAACUCAUGCUUUGGUUAGUUUGUAGUUUGUGGAUUGAUUUUUUUCCCUCUUUUAAGUGGUUCACUAAUUCACAUAAUGAUCUAGAUGUGCAUAGUGGAUUGGAUAAGACAAUCAUUUUCCAUGACUCGAAUCGAAAUCUGAAAAGCAGCUCUUAAGAUUUUACCUCCAUUCAAAUAAAUUUUACGCCUUCGUUCAAAAAAUGUUCCAAAACAAAAAGGAAAAAUUACCCAAAAUAAUCCCAACUUUACCCGGUCUUUCAAAAAUAAUCCCACCUUUCACUGUGAUGCAUAAUAAUCCCAACUUUAUUGAAAUUUGCCAGUUUUGGGUCGCCGUUAAGUUUCUAACGGAGGGUUAACGGAAAUGCCCGUUUUAGGCAACAAAAUGAAAGUUGAGAUUAUUU